AUGUCGCUGAAAGAUGACAAGAAGCAAGCCAUCCUCUCCCUCGAGGACGUCAAGGAUGACACAGAGCAUAUCGAAGUCGCCCCCACAUCUACCAGCUAUGACGCCGAACAAGGUCAACCUUCUAAGAAGACUGUCAACAACCAGCUCGAUGAUGCCGCCAGGUUGCUAGAGGAAGCAGGGGGUCAUGUCGACUAUACUGCCGAGGACAAUAAGCGGGUUUUGCGCAAGAUUGAUCUUUUCGUUUGCUUGCCCAUGUGUCUGACAUACUUUAUCCAGCAGCUCGAUAAAUCAUCGGUUGGUUACGCGGCGGUCUUCAACCUGCAGGAGGAGACCAACUUGAAAGGCAUAGAGUACCCCUGGUUGACUUCUGUAGUAUACUGCGCCCAGCUUGUAUGCCAACCGCUGUCGUCUUACGCACUCAUCGUCUUGCCUGUUAAAUACUGGGUCGUCUUCAACAUGACUUCUUGGAGUAUCGUAACCAUGUGCACUGGCGCCGCCAAAAACUUUACCGGCCUCGUUCUCGCUCGAAUGUUCUUGGGGGUCUUCGAAGCCACCAUCAUGCCCUCGUUCAUCCUCAUCACCCAGAUGUGGUGGGUCCGCCGCGAACAAUCCUACCGCACAAUCGCCUAUCUGGUUGCCAACUCUGUCGCUGCCAUUCUCGGUCCGCUUCUCGCAUAUGCUAUCGGUAAGGCUGUCGAAGGCUCGUCCACCGUCAAGCCCUACCAAGGCAUCUUCCUCUUUAUGGGCGGUAUCUCGUUGGCUUUGGUGCCCUUGAUUUGGUUCAUGCUGCCCAAUUCGCCAACCACUGCCAAGUUUCUGCGUAAAGGCAACGACAGGCUCAUCGCCAUUGACCGGCUGAGAGACAACAACACUGGUACCAAGGCGUCCAAAUUCAAGUGGAACCAAUUCCGGGAGACGUACAAAGACCCCAAGACUUAUAUGUGGGCUGCGAUGUGGUUUUGCUGUGCUGUGCCCAGCGGUGGUAUAAGUGCGUUCGGUGGACUCAUCACCAAGGGCUUCGGCUUUGACGCAUUCACCACCAUCCUUCUCCAGAUGCCUCUCGGUGCCAUUGGAAUCAGCGGUACCCUCAUCUCUAUCUACAUUACAAACAAGUUCAAGCGUCGAUGGCCCGUCCUUGCUUGCGUUUGCCUCUUCCCCAUCGCCGGUGGUUGUGCUUUGACUCAAUUGCCACCGGGCCAUACGGGCGGCCUCAUGGCUAGUUACUAUGUUGCCUAUCUCUUCUCCGCUAUCCAACCAUUGCUGGUCAGUUGGUCCAACCUCAACUGUGCGGGUACGACCAAACGAGUCUUGACAACUGCCACCAUGUUUGGUGCCCUCACUAUCGGAAACAUCGUCGGCCCUCAAGUGUACCUAGCCAGAGAAGCCCCUCUCUAUCACUCCGGCCUUUACGUCGACAUUGGCUGUUGGUGCACCCUCCUCCUGCUCGUUAUUGCCAUGAGCUUCCACCUCCGACAGUUGAACCGCCUGCAAGAAGCCCGUCGGGUGAGCUUGGGCCUCCCUGCGAAUUUGAAGGAUGUAUCGAUCAUGAACAUUGAGGAGGCGGAGAGGUAUAGGGAAGAGCUGACGGAGAUGAUGAGGAUGAGGAGGCUGGAAGGGGCGGAGGGGGAGUUGAAUGAUCAUGCGUUCGAUGAUAUGACUGACUUUGAGUGA